CCCACGGCCCCCGCAGGUACAAAACACAAUACCCUAAUUUCUCUCUCCGCCUCUCUCUCUCUCUCCAUUUCCCCUUUUCGUGUUUUUAGCUCCGACAAUAUCUCCGGCGCCGCCCUUAUCUCCGCCGUGACCUUCCAUCCUAAACGCCACACCAGAUCUUCAAUUUGAUUACUUGGGUCAAAGAUUUCUGUCAUUCUCAAUCAUGGCAACUAGACUUCAGUUUGAAAAUAAUUGUGAAGUUGGAGUGUUCUCUAAACUUACAAAUGCCUACUGUUUGGUUGCCAUUGGAGGUUCUGAAAACUUCUACAGCGUAUUUGAAUCCGAGUUAGCAGAUGUUAUCCCUGUGGUCAAGACAUCCAUUGGUGGUACUCGAAUUAUUGGCCGUCUUUGUGCUGGAAACAAGAAUGGGCUUCUCUUGCCCCAUACCACCACAGACCAAGAACUUCAACAUUUAAGAAACAGUCUACCUGAUCAAGUUGUUGUUCAGCGAAUUGAUGAAAGGUUAUCUGCUCUGGGAAAUUGUAUAGCAUGUAAUGACCAUGUGGCCCUCACACACACUGAUCUUGACAGGGAGACUGAGGAGAUGAUUGCAGAUGUUCUUGGAGUAGAAGUUUUCAGGCAGACCAUUGCUGGUAAUAUUCUUGUUGGCAGCUACUGUGCCUUCUCCAACAGAGGUGGUUUGGUCCACCCUCAUACUUCCAUAGAAGACUUGGAUGAACUUUCUACACUUCUUCAGGUUCCUUUGGUGGCUGGGACUGUGAACCGUGGUAGUGAAGUAAUUGCGGCUGGAAUGACUGUCAAUGAUUGGACAGCAUUUUGUGGUUCUGACACCACAGCAACAGAGCUAUCUGUAAUUGAGAGUGUUUUCAAGCUCAGAGAAGCCCAGCCAAGUGCCAUUGUGGAUGAGAUGAGGAAAUCCCUCAUUGAUACCUAUGUCUGAACUAUGGUAGUAUUAAUAGUGUUUUGUUUUGUGCAAGAAGAUAUUGCACUGCUCAUUGUUAAGAUCUGAGUUUUGGUGAUAGUUUGUUUUGUGUAUUGUUGAGAUAUAUGUUCCAAUCAUGGAUUGUACUCAUUAAAAUUGUCAAGAACACAAAAUAUCGUCGCUAUAUUAUAAUUUUUACCCUAAA